UCUCGUUCCGACCGCCGCUGGCUAACCACAAGUGUCUUUUGCAAUUCCAGUGAAAUGACGCAGUGUGUUGGUUAGCGGAUUUCCUUCUCUUUCCAGUUCUGAGACCCAGCGCUGUAUUUUCAGUAAUCGAUCACUCGAGUCCUUGCCUGCCCCUUUGGCUCCUCAAACCACAAAGUGUAAAGAUGUCCGUAGAAGACCUGAAUGAUAAAUUUGUGCCAAUGAUGUCCCGGAAAAGAAGAUCUGAUGAAGACAUCAAUGCUCUGUCUGGGUUGGCACAGAAGUUUCCUGAAGUUAUAAAGCAAUUCUCUUAUGAAGAUCUUCACCAGAUCACCGAGUACUACAAGCCCUACCUGACCUAUGUGAUUGAAUACGACAUCACGAGUAUCCUGCAGAACUUGGCCACCAAGGACAUUCUCACCAACAAAGAGGCCAAGAGAUUCAAAGCCAGAGAAGAGUCUGAGAGGCAAGCAGGUGUGGAGUCCUUCAUCAGCGACAUAAUGAAGAUGGAUGGAGAGAAACUGGUCAGCCUGUGGGAGGCACUGGCUGAAGAACUUGUGAGAUUUCCAUCACCAAACCUGACAAGAAUACUGAAGGAAGUGACAGAGGGGGGCCCGGACCUCCUGGUGGACAUUCGUUCCAGUCUCCAGUCCCCUUUCAUUAACAGACAUAUUAAAGGCCUCUAUGACACACACAAAGCCAGAGUGUCUGAAUCCACAAGGACUCUGGAGGACCAGGCUUCUCUUGGAGAUCCACACACCAGAGCUGUUGGCUUUGAGACUCGAUACACGGAGCUUAUGGUCAUUGAUCAGUUCAAAAGGACCUACAAUGAAAGGCACCAUGAACUCGUAAAGAUCGGGAAGAUUCAUGCGAAGCUGCUGGAGGAGCGGACAAAGGUGAAAUGUGAGCGAAUCUGGACCGAGCAGCUCUUUAAAAGGAAACCAGGAAGCAAGAGCCCCCCCAACAUCAUAGUGGUCAGUGGGGUGGCUGGAAUUGGGAAGACCACCAUGGUCCAGAAGAUCAUGUUUGACUGGGCUAGAGGCAGUCAGUACCAGAGGUUUGCAUUUGUGUUCCUGUUUAAAUUCAGGGAGCUCAACCUGCUGAACACGGAGGACGAGCCCCAGAUGCCCCUCACCAGGCUGAUUGCUAAGCAUUACAAUUACCUUUAUGACGACCGGCUGAACAAAAUCCUGCAGAACCCCGAGUCUCUCCUUUUUAUACUCGAUGGACUGGAUGAGUACAAACACAAACUGGACUUCACUCAGAAAAAACUCUGCUCAGACCCAAACAGCUACUUCCCUGUCCACACCCUGGUCACUAGUUUGGUCAGACAGACGUUACUGAAGGGCUGUUCAGUCCUCAUCACAAGCAGACCAACUGCCCUGGAGUCCCUGGACAUGGAGAGAGUUGAUCGAUUUGCAGAGAUCCUGGGCUUCUUCCCUGAACAAAGGCUGAUGUACUUUAAGAAGUUUUUUGGCAACGCUGAUCUGGGUGCUGAGGCUUUUCGGUAUGUGGAGGAGAAUGACAUGCUGUACACCAUGUGCUUCAACCCCUCGUACUGCUGGAUUAUCUGCUCUGUGCUGAAGAGCCACUUCACGACACCUGAAGAAGAGCAAGGAGCUGCCCCCAGAACUGUCACCGAGCUCUUUGUGAUGUUCCUUUACAACAUCUUGACCAAUCACAGGCGAGAAGUCGAGGACCAGCGAGAAAUUCUGGUCAAACUGGGAAAGAUGGCUUAUCAUGGGGUGUCUAACAGGACUCUUGUUUUUUAUGACAAGUUUGAGAUGUCUACCUUUGAUCUCCAGCCAGUCCUGUCCUCCCCAUUCCUCUCUGGCUUCCUCAAAGAGAUCCUUCAGAGAGAAAGCACCCUGGAGCACACGACGUACACAUUCUACCACCUCACCGUGCAGGAGCUAAUAGCCGCCUGCUCCUUCUACCUUGAUCCAUCAGGGAAUGUCGAGGAGCUGCUUGAGAAGCUGGCCUCCUGCAAAGAUGGACGGUUUGAGAUUCUCACCCUAUUCAUGGCAGGACUGGCCACACCUUCUACAUUUAAAAGACUGGGGGGUGUCCUGGGGGAGUUGGAGAGGAAGACGGCAAAGCGGAUACUGGAGUGGAUGAAGCAGAAGGCUGAACUUGUGCUACGGGGGCAAGAUAAAAGUGAAGCUCUGCGAGUGUGUCAGUGGCUCUACGAGACUCAGAAUAAGAAGUUAAUCCAAGAUGCCUUUGGUAAGUAUCUACAGAUGAACUUCAGUAACACGACGUUAUCUCCUCUGGACUGUGCCGUGCUGGGCUCUGUCAUCAGCUGCUGCGGAGAACUUAAGGAGCUCAACCUGUCGCACACACAUCUGACCACAGAGUGCAUCAGGAGGCUGGCGCCGGGACUCAGCUGCUGUAGUAGUGUCACACUGGUCUCCUGUAAUCUCACCUCUGAAUGUUCCACGAUUCUGUCGUCGGCCAUCUCUGCUCCAGACUCACGGCUGGUUCAAGUGCAGCUGGGCUACAAUAACCUGGGAGACUACAUGGUGCAGCAGCUGUGUGAGGGGCUGAAGAGCAACAACUUCAAACUGAAGGAACUGAGCCUCCAGGGUUGUUGUCUCACAUCCAGAAGUUGCUCCGUUCUCUCCUCGGCUCUCUCUGCUCCAAACUCACAAGUGACCGAGCUGGAGCUUAGAAAAAACAACCUGGAAGACUCAGGAGUACGUCAGCUGUGCGAGGGGCUGAGGAGUCCGAACUGUAAAUUGGAGAAGCUGGGGUGA